CCAUUAUGCCUGGUAGUGUAGCGUGGACAGUUAUCGAAGACUCUUUCUUAUAGCAAUUGCUCUACCACAGCAUCACUCGAACCCCACAGUCCAUCAUGGCGGACACUCCAACCAAGGACACAGAGCAAGAGGCCAGAGACGCCGAAAUCCUCGCCAGACAUCUAGAUCCAGCUUACCACGGCGAAUUCGACGGCGCGCCAGGCUCUCCUGGAAGUGAGGCCGAUGCCAAGACGCAACUUGCUCAAGAGUCCUCGUUGAGACUACAGGGCGGAGACGUCCAUCGGGACCUGUACAGGAUUGAGGCCAGAUCAAAGAGAGCUCGCUUGCACCAACGCGCUGCAACAUUUGCGUUUGCGCCUCGGACUGAUGGGUCGAAUCCAGUCCAAGCUCCGGUCGAGGAGCAGCGAGCUCCAGGCGGAUUCCGGCGGCAGUUUCUGCAACGGCAGCACAGCCGGCUCAACAGCGUCACCUUUGCGGCGAGCAACUUUGUCGAGUUUCUGGACCUUUACGGGAGCUUUGCUGGAGAAGACCUUGCUGAGUCUGAGGAUGAAUCUGCGCUUGAGACUGAUGAGGAGGAAGCUGGGGAUCGGCCUGAUGAGAGACGUCCGCUUCUUGGGCGACGCAAGAGCUCGAGGGUCAAGGCGAAGGGAGAUGCGUCAAUUGUCAAGUCUUUUUUCACGCUGUUGAAAGCCUUUAUUGGAACGGGUAUUAUGUUUUUACCAAAAGCAUUCAAGAACGGUGGCAUUUUGUUCUCAUCGAUUGUCCUGGUGACAGUAUCGUUGGUGUCCUGUCUUUGCUUCCAUCUCCUACUUCAAUGUCGCAAACGCUAUGGGGGCGGAUAUGGAGACAUCGGCGAGGCCAUUGGAGGGAAGAAAUUCAGGAAGCUGGUCCUGGUCUCUAUUGCCAUCUCUCAAAUCGGCUUCGUCUGCGCUGGUAUCAUCUUCGUGGCCGAGAACCUCUUCUCCUUCUUGGACGCCGUCACGCCAAAGGACACCACUCCACUAUCAACUACUGCUUUGAUAGCACUGCAGUUGACUACUCUGAUCCCGCUGGCUCUCAUUCGAAACAUCUCAAAACUCGGACCGGCGGCUCUUCUAGCAGACGUAUUUAUUCUAAUCGGUCUAACCUACAUCUACUGGUACGACAUCUCGUACAUCGCCACAGAGGGCGGCCUCAGCAAGACCAUCGAGCUCUUCAACCCUCGAGACUUCACUCUGACCGUUGGUUCUGCCAUCUUCACCUUCGAAGGCAUCGGCCUCAUCCUCCCAAUUCAGUCCUCCAUGCGACAGCCCGAGAAAUUCGACCGCCUGCUCUACCUCGUCAUGGCCAUCAUAACCGUCAUCUUCACCUCGGUCGGCUUCCUUUGCUACGGCACUUUCGGCGAGCGCACCUCCACCGAAAUCAUCUCCAACUUCCCGCAAUCCAGCAAGCUCGUCAACGCUGUCCAAUUCCUCUACGCCCUCGCCGUCCUUGUCGGCACGCCUGUGCAACUCUUCCCUGCGCUGCGCAUCAUCGAGGGGAAGCUCUUUGGUCGGCUCUCUGGGAAGCGGGAUAGCUGGACGAAGUGGAAGAAGAACGCGCUACGGACAGUCAUUGUCUUGCUGUGCGGUGUGAUUGCUGGGGCUGGUGCGAAUGAUCUGGAUAAAUUUGUGGCGCUGAUUGGGUCGUUUGCGUGCGUGCCGUUGGUGUAUAUAUAUCCGGCGUUCUUGCAUUACAAAGGCGUGGCGGAGACGAGGGUAGAGAAGGGUGGGGAUCUGCUGUUGAUGGUGGUCGGGUUGGGUGCGAUGGUUUAUACGACUGCUAUUACGCUCGUGAGGUGGAGUGAGGGGUAGGUCUUGUAUAUACAUCCGUAGAUAAAGUUGUAGAUGCAAUAAGUGAGUGCGAAAUGCUAAGUGUCUUCUUGGGA